AUGUCGCGGAACUACGCGUACCGCUCCCGCCGGAGAUUCGUCGUCGUGAGGCGUAGAGAUCUGGGAGGAGGAGCAGCAGGAGGAGCGAUGGACGGGAAGCUCGUUGACGCCUGGGGCUCGCGCUACCUCAACCUCAACCGCGGCAGCCUCCGCCAGCCGCAGUGGCGGGAGGUCGCCGAGGCCGUCAACUCCCGCCCAGGGGCCUCCGCACGCUGCCGACCGCUGUGCGCCGCGCUGCCGCCGGGCGCCGUCGCGCUCCCCGUCGCCGCAAUCGCCACCGCCGCUUCCCAUGGCGCUCCCCCUUACCAAUUACCACCGCGGCUCCAAUCUCCACUCCGCGAACCUCAUCCACAAGGCGGCCGCGCGCAUCAGGUGGAGGAGGUGCCCCGCGAACGCCCGCGUCGCCGCGUGUGCCUGCUCGGCGCAGGUGGUGAAGAGCUCCGCCGUCGGCGCACCACCAGGGCCAUUCUGCUUGGACGGGUGGUGGCGCCCGUUGCGGCGGCUGGCGGAGCGGCAGCACCGAGGGGUUGGGACGCGGGAUGUGGCCCGCGGCGGCGGAAGCAGACGCAGAGGCGCGUGAGGUGGCGGAGCUCCACGACGACGGCGGCAUCAGUGGCGCGCAUCUUGUCAGCGGGCCUUUGGUGUUCUGAUGAAGCUCAUGAAGAAGAAGGUGCGAGCGAGGAGGAUGCAAAGAAGUGGGAGGGAGAAUUGGCAAAAGCUAACAAUGAGCUUAGAGAGAUUAGGAAUGAGCUCAAGAUGGUGUGGCAACAACUUCAGAAGGCCACUGCCAAGCUAAAGUUCAUUGGGAAUUAUAGGCACAAUGUCAAACUUGCGCACGUGUUGCUUGCUUUAUUUGUUGUUGUUGCGGGAUUGAUGCUUGGUGGCAAGACUAAUUAA